AUGCUAACUCUUUUGAUUGUGCUGCUUCUAAGUAUUUUCGCGCCGGCCCACUGCAUGUUCCAAACAUUAUACUGCACCUUCGCUGACAGCUGUGACUGCGACUUUCGGCCCAACAUUAGCGAGUUGGAGUGGGAUCUUUACAAAAAUGUCUACGGCCAGCACCUCGCCCAGGACAUCAUCUCCGAGGAGGUGGUGCGCUUCCUUGCCGACAGGACGCCGGAGAGGCCUCUGGUGCUUUCCCUACAUGGCUCGUCUGGCACAGGAAAGACGCUGGUCAGCGACAUGCUGGUGCGUCACCUGUAUGGCUCUGCUACAAGCAGCCCCUUCGUCCAUCGGUUCAUCCCCACACUGCACUUCCCAGCCGAUGGAGAUGUUCAACUGCAGCGGGAGCAGUUGAAAUCUUGGGUCCAGGGCAACGUGACUGUGUGCGCUCGCUCGGUCUUCAUUUUUGAUGAGAUGGACAAAAUGGCGCCGGGGCUGCUGGACGUUCUUGAGCCUUUCCUGGGCUCCUCCCACGUGGUUUUCCGCACCAACUACCGAAAGGCCAUCUACAUCUUUGUCAGUACGGCGGGCGAGGAAGUAAUCAACAAGGCUGCCCUGGAACAGCGUGAGGCUGGGCAGGACAGAGAGGAGAUAACGUUGACAGAGCUUCAAGAUGCCAUCGCAAAGGCAGUGUACGACAACCCAUCCAAUGGCCUCUAUAGCUCGUCCAUCAUCCGUCAAAACCUGGUGACUGCUUUCGUUCCCUUCCUGCCACUGUGCCGCCGCCAUGUAGAGCAGUGCGUAAAAGCGCAGCUCUGUGGGCGGGGCGCCUGCUGGCGUAACGACGUGGUGCGGGCCGUGGCGGCUGACUUGACGUACGCGCCAGCACCCGGACACUACUUUUCAAUUAGCGGCUGCAAAAGUGUUUCCGCCAAGAUUGACCUGUUCUUGUGA